CCAUGGAUUGCACAUUCGAAGACAUGCUUCAGCUCAUCAACCACCAAGACAGCGACUUCCCCGGCCUGUUUGACCCCCCCUAUGCCGGGGGCGGGGUGGGGGGCACGGACCCAGCCAGCCCCGAUGCCAGCGGCCCAGGCAACUUGUCCCCACCUCCUGCCACACUGAGCUCCCCUCUCGAAGGCUUCCUGGGGGGGCCCAAGGCAGUGCCCUCACCCUUGUCCCCUCCCCAGCCUGCGCCCAGCCCACUGAAGAUGUACCCAUCGGUGCCCACUUUCUCCCCGGGGCCUGGUAUCAAGGAGGAGUCGAUGCCACUGAGCAUCCUGCAGACCCCCACCCCACAGUCCCUGCCAGGGGCCCUCCUGCCCCAGAGCUUUCCGGCCCCAACCCCACCGCAGUUCAGCUCCACGCCUGUGUUGGGCUACCCCAGCCCUCCUGGCGGCUUCUCUGCAGGGACCCCUCCCGUGAGCACCCAGCAGCCGCUGCCUGGCCUGCCACUGGCUUCCCCGCCAGGGGUCCCGCCCGUCUCCUUGAAUCCCCAGCUCCAGAGUGCAGCCCCCCACCAACUCCUGACGGCCACAGCUGCCCCCGCAAUGACCCCCGGGACAGCCACCGUGGCCUCGCAGAUCCAGCAGGUCCCGGUCCUGCUGCAGCCCCACUUCAUCAAGGCGGACUCGCUGCUCCUGACGACCAUGAAGACCGACGUGGGCGCCUCUGUGAAGGCGGCGGGUCUCGGCCCGCUGGUCUCCGGCACGGCCGUGCAGACAGGGCCCUUGCAGACCCUGGUGAGCGGUGGGACCAUCCUGGCGACGGUGCCCUUAGUCGUGGACGCCGACAAGCUGCCCAUCAACCGACUGGCAGCCGGCAGCAAGGCCCCAGGCUCGGCCCCGAGCCGCGGCGAGAAGCGCACUGCCCACAACGCCAUCGAGAAGCGCUACCGCUCCUCCAUCAACGACAAGAUCGUGGAGCUCAAGGACCUGGUGGUGGGCACCGAGGCAAAGCUGAAUAAAUCCGCCGUCUUGCGCAAGGCCAUCGACUACAUCCGUUUUCUGCAGCACAGCAACCAGAAGCUCAAGCAGGAGAAUCUGAGCCUGCGCUCGGCUGCCCACAAGAGCAAACCUCUGAAGGACCUGAUGUCACCCUGUGGCAGUGGAGGAGACACGGGUGUCCUCACGGAGGGCGUGAAGACCGAGAUGGAAGACACACUGACCCCGCCACCCUCGGAUGCCGGCUCGCCCUCCCAGAGCAGCCCCUUGUCCCUUGGCAGCAGGGGCAGCGGCGGCGGCGGCAGUGGCAGUGACUCAGAGCCGGACAGCCCGGUCUUCGAGGACAGCCAGGUGAAGCCAGAGCAGCGGCUGUCGCCCCCCAGCCGGGGCAUGCUGGACCGCUCCCGCCUGGCCUUGUGCGUGCUCGUCUUCCUCUGCCUGUCUUGCAACCCCUUGGCCUCCCUGCUGGGGGGCCGGGGGCUUCCCAGCCCCUCGGACACCACCAGUGUCCACCACAGUCCUGGGCGCGCCAUGCUGGGCACGGACAGCAGAGACAGCCCUGGCUGGGCCCCAUGGCUGCUGCCGCCCCUGGUCUGGCUGCCCAACGGGCUGCUUGUGCUGGGCUCCCUGGUGCUUCUCUUCGUCUACGGAGAGCCUGUCACCCGGCCCCACUCGGGCCCUGCCGUGCACUUCUGGAGGCAUCGCAAGCAGGCCGACCUGGACCUGGCCCGGGGGGACUUUGCCCAGGCUGCCCAGCAGCUGUGGCUGGCCCUGCGGGCGCUGGGCCGGCCCCUGCCCACUUCCCACCUGGACCUGGCCUGUAGCCUUCUCUGGAACCUCAUCCGCCACCUGCUGCAGCGUCUCUGGGUGGGCCGCUGGCUGGCAGGCCGGGCAGGGGGCCUGCAGAGGGACCGCGCCCUGCAGGCGGAUGCUCGCGCCAGCGCCCGGGACGCCGCCCUGGUCUACCACAAGCUGCACCAGCUGCAUACCGUGGGGAAGUACACAGGUGGGCACCUCACUGCCACCCACCUGGCGCUGGGUGCCCUGAACCUGGCGGAAUGUGCUGGGGACACCGUGCCCGUGGCCACACUGGCCGAGAUCUACGUGGCAGCUGCGUUGAGAGUGAAGACGAGUCUCCCACGGGCCUUGCAUUUUCUGACACGUUUCUUCCUGAGCAGCGCCCGCCAGGCCUGCCUGGCGCAGAGUGGCUCGGUGCCUCUCUCCAUGCAGUGGCUCUGCCACCCUGUGGGCCACCGUUUCUUCGUGGAUGGGGACUGGGCCGUGCGCAGCGCCCCGCGGGAGAGCCUGUACAGCUUGGCCGGGAACCCAGUGGACCCCCUGGCUCAGGUGACUCAGCUGUUCCGGGAACAUCUCUUGGAGCGAGCACUGAACUGUGUGGCCCAGCCCAGCCCCAGCCCCAGCCCUGGGUCAGCGGACGGGGACAAGGAGUUCUCAGAUGCCCUUGGGUACCUGCAGCUGCUGAACAGCUGUUCCGAUGCUGCGGGGGCUCCUGCCUGCAGCUUCUCCAUCAGCUCCAGCAUGGCCGCCACCACCGGUGAACCCGGUGGCUAAGUGGUGGGCCUCGCUGACGGCUGUGGCGAUCCACUGGCUGCGGCGGGAUGAGGAGGCGGCCGUGCGGCUGUACCCGCUGGUGGAGCACCUGCCACGGGCCCUGCAAGAGUCUGAGAGACCCCUGCCCAGGGCGGCGCUGCACUCCUUCAAGGCAGCCCGGGCCCUGCUGGGCUGCACCAAGGCGGAGUCUGGCCCGGCCAGCCUGGCCAUCUGUGAGAAGGCCAGUGGGUACCUGCGGGACAGCCUGGCCUCCACACCGGCCGGCAGCUCCCUCGACAAGG